AUGAGAACUACUGUCUUUUCGUCUUGCGAGCAGUACUUGUUUAGCAGGCCGUUGGAUUCUAUUCGAGAACGACCUCCUGGAGAUCCACAAUCAUACAAAAGCAGCUCAACUUCACUGGAGGCAUUGUUGCAGAAAAAAGACUCAUCCAAUGAGCACGUGUUGUUGGAAUCAAUCAAUAGUACAAUUGACUCGCUGAAAUGUACAAAAGAUACUGGUUUUUUAGAGGCUUCAGCUUACACCAUCAUGCAUGAUUUGUUGCUAUUGAUCAAUGCCGAGAAUGAAGACUUGCAAGCCUCCGCUUAUGUUUGCUUACAGUAUCUUUGCGAGUAUGCAGAUCACGAUGAAGUGGCAUACAACAUGAUGAACGAGCUCGUCUGUGUGGACUGCAAUUACGACAAUCCACUUGUGUCUCUUCAGAAUGCUCGCUUUUCAGCUGUUCUUUUGGAAAUGUUCGGCAAGAGUCUUGAAAGGAUGACCCGAGCUAGAGAUUGGAUGUUGUAUCUCACCUUGCUUGCCAACUUUUUCGUCACACAUAUUGAAGCGAUGGUCCCAAAUUUGAUCCAAGACUCGUCAUUGGGAUCCCCCCGUCCGCCUUCCGCUUGGGAUAGCUGUUGUAUACUGUAUACCAAUAGCUGUCUUGACUUUGUCCACUUUAUUCACUCCAAGACAGUAGCAAAAGAACCCUCUACGUUUCCUUUCAACUCAACCGACAUUGGGAAAGAGGAUGGCGAUACCAAGAGACGCUAUCUUGCUUAUUUCCUUACCAAUUUGAUUUUGGAAAACGUGGUAGCGAAUCUUGAUUUGCAAUUAUCAGACACCUACUUUAAAAUGCUGAAUCCAGUAUACGCAUCAAGAAUCAAAAUACACAGAUCAAGCGCAAAUGCACCUGUCAAGUCAACGGAUUGUGCCUACAAGCCAAUGUAUGCUAUUGUGCAUCGUACCAUGGAAUUGUCAUUGAAGUAUGGCCUUUCAUUCAACAACAUGCAUCAGUUACAAAUGUCGCUUUAUACUCACACAGAUCCAAACUAUUCUGAGGAACAAAGAUCCAGGGAACUUGAUUUGCAGGUGAUCAACAACAGAGCAUAUCCAUUGAGUUUUAAUGGAGCUGCCGUGUUGCUCAGUCUAUCAUUGUAUGACAAACUCAUUUACUCCACCAUCACAUCCAAACCAUCUAUGGGACUUUAUGAUGACACGAUUGCUAUUUACAAUUUGACAAAGCAAUACUUUGGUAUUGCAAUGAACUUGUGUCUCAAAUGUCAAGAUCAAAUCUGUAUGGCAGACAAAGGCAUUUUUGUCUUACUAUUCAUGUCUCAAGGAAUUGACCAUGUCAGAGUUUCCAUGGACAUGUUGGACAAACAGAUACCUGGCCCCUGUGCAGGCCAACCUGCCAUCACUUCAUCGAGCGCUAUACAGUUGCUUACUACUGUAGCGUCAGUUUGCCCUGAUUCGACUAUCCGAUUCAUAACAUACAAGCUGAUAGAAAAAUUCAUCAGUCUCGGUGACGAACAAGUUCAGUUAUUCUUGUUUGAGGAACUGUUACAGACAUGUCCGUACCCAAGCAUGAACGUAGCCGCUAUUGGGCUUUUGAAAGAUCACGUCUGCAAGGUAUUCGAGGAAAAAAGGUUUACUUCAGCCUUUGCAAGCCCUAUUAUUCUGACAGAGUUUGUGCCCAUCAUUCUGAAAUACAAGGACGUGUGGGAGACAAAGCAAUCUGAAUUUUGGGAUGAUUACAGCUAUAUUAUGCAGGCACUAGUGUUUUAUCGCACAGUGUGUAUCAACGAUAAGCAAAAACUGACUGCACUGUGGGAUACUGUAGAUACUAUGAACGAGAUUUAUUUUAAGCCGCUGUCAAACUUGUUGGAUGAAAUAGAUACGCAGCAUUUAGACAAGGAGAUGCAGGUUGAAACAAUGAAGCACCAACUUGGACUCAUUUAUAGUGAUAUUCUUAAUCAUAAAGAUUUGCAAUAA